AACAUGACAGCAUGCCAAAAAAUAAACCUGUGAUUGAUCCAAUACAAUUUUAGUAACUAAAAUUUUAGUGUUCUAUCUAUGCUUCCAGACCUUGAAAAAGAGUUCAUGAUUUUAUGUGCAUUGUCUUGUUAAUGGUCUCAAAUAUUAAUUUCAGCUGUAUUAUUAUCUUUCUGAUUACUUGUGCAACAUUUUCAGAAAUCGAUGCUUAUGGCCAUGAAAAAGUGUGUGCUGAUGUCAUCGCCCUUAUGAAUUCGCUGUAUAUACAACAAGCUACAGUCGUGGGUCGUGAUCUUGGUGGAUUUAUUGUGUGGGAACUAAGUCUUCAUUAUCCUGAACGGAUUCUAGCUGUGAUAAAUAUGACUCCCUUUAUACCUACUUUUCCUAAUAUUAACCCACUGGAGAGAUUGCAGGCAAACCCAGGGAUAUUUCAAUAUCAGCUUUAUUUUCAUAAGGAGGGUGUUGCAGAGCAAGAACUUGAGAGGGACAUAGAAAGAUCAUUCAUCCUGUUAAUGAGAGGUGCUAAAGAUAUGCUUCAUUUAAGUACUGCUGAUGUACUAGAAAGAGGUGGGUAUUGA